AUGUCCGCCCAGAACUCAGCAGGCAUUCAGACCCUCCUCGAUGCUGAGAGAGAGGCUCAGAAGAUUGUACAGCAAGAUCGCACAAAGCGGAUAAGGGACGCAAAGGCAGAGGCUCAGAAGGAAAUUGACGAGUACAGACAACAGAAGGAGGAGGAAUUCAAGAAGUUUGAGGCUGAGCACUCGAGCGGAUACAAGAAGGCCGAGGAGGAUGCCAACAAAGAGGCAGAGGGCAAGCUUCAAGAGAUUCAAGCUGCAGGCAAGGAGAAGGGCGGCAAGGUUGUUGAUGACCUGAUCAAUGCAGUCGUUGAUGUGAAGCCUCAGGCGUCAGACAAGAUAAAGGCAUAG